CUUGCACAAGGCAAACUUUCCUUAGAACUAGGAGCCGGUGAACACCGUUAAUAGUUAAGCAAAUCCCCGGUUGUCCCGGUCACUCCUUUUCCGUUCUCCGCUCUGGCGCCGCCCCCAGUUUCAUCCGUACACACACCCUUACCGGCACAUUCCGGUCGCUGGCUGCACCCUUCUCUUCUUUCUUCUGUACAAACAAGAAAAUACUGAAUAAUUGAAUAUCAAUAAAUACAUACCCUAUUAUUUUUAAAAAAAAUAUAGAAAGGCAGAAAAAAAAGUAGCGAGAGAAAGAUACGACCCCUUUGUCUGAGAGAAAGUAAUUGGGUUUUGUUUUUUUUAAUAUUUUUUUUUAAUUUUAUUUUUGUGCUUCGGGUUUGCGAUUGUGUGUGAGAUUGUCUCCUCCGUUUCGUUUCGUUUCGUUCACCGCUUCUUUCAUUUCUCUGAGUUUGGCACAGAAGAGAGGGAAGGAUUCGGAGGACGAGAGAAAAAGAGAAAGGAAAAACCUAAUUGAAUUUCUCUGUUUUCGGAAAAUUUACGUGGGUUUUAUUUUGUUCAUUUGAAUUGAAGAGUGGAAGAUCUGAGUUAGGGUUUUCAUUGGCGCGGCGUUUGGAAUUUCUUGAACUGAAUCGAAAUGUUGGUUCGGGAUGCGAUUUCGCGGGAAUUCUAGCUCCGAUCUUGGCGGAAUUGCUUGAAUCUUAGGGUUGAAGAAUGGACGUUGAUUCGUCGAUGGUGCCGGAGGCCGAUCAAGAUCCGGCGGUGCAGAACCAUGCCGAGAGAGAGCAGCUAGGGGAGUCGCCGUCGUCGUCGCCGUCGAGCGGCGGAACUCCGGAACAGUCGCCGGUGCAACAGCAGGCGGCGGGGGGUGCUCAGGUGCAGCACAGUCCGGUGGUUGGUCCGAGGCUCGCGCCGACUUACUCAGUGGUGAAUGCGAUUUUGGAGAAGAAGGAGGAUGGACCAGGGCCGCGGUGCGGCCACACGUUGACGGCGGUUGCGGCGGUUGGAGAGGAGGGAACGCCUGGAUACAUUGGUCCGAGGUUGAUUUUGUUUGGCGGUGCCACUGCGCUCGAGGGGAAUCCGGCGGCUUCAGGGACUCCUUCAUCAGCUGGAAGCGCUGGCAUACGUUUAGCUGGUGCCACUGCUGAUGUCCACUGUUAUGAUGUUUUGACUAAUAAAUGGUCUAGGAUAACUCCCAUUGGAGAGCCUCCAACCCCAAGGGCUGCGCAUGUGGCAACUGCUGUUGGAACAAUGGUAGUUAUUCAGGGUGGGAUUGGUCCUGCUGGUUUGUCUGCAGAAGACCUCCAUGUUCUUGAUCUCACUCAGCAACGGCCGCGAUGGCAUAGAGUUGGUGUUCCAGGCCCUGGACCAGGGCCACGCUAUGGACAUGUUAUGGCUUUGGUGGGGCAGAGGUAUCUCAUGGCAAUUGGAGGCAAUGAUGGAAAGAGACCUUUGGCUGAUGUAUGGGCCUUGGACACAGCUGCCAAGCCUUAUGAAUGGCGCAAGUUGGAGCCAGAAGGAGAGGGUCCUCCUCCAUGCAUGUAUGCAACUGCCAGUGCACGAUCAGAUGGGCUUCUUCUGCUUUGUGGAGGGAGGGACGCCAAUAGUGUUCCAUUGGCAAGUGCAUAUGGACUUGCUAAGCAUAGAGAUGGUCGUUGGGAAUGGGCAAUUGCCCCUGGUGUCUCACCAUCUCCAAGAUAUCAGCAUGCAGCGGUGUUUGUUAAUGCGAGGCUCCAUGUGUCUGGCGGGGCACUUGGAGGAGGACGAAUGGUUGAAGAUUCCUCAAGUGUUGCAGUGUUGGACACUGCUGCUGGUGUUUGGUGUGAUACAAAAUCUGUUGUUACCAGUCCAAGAACAGGUAGAUAUAGUGCUGAUGCAGCUGGUGGAGAUGCUUCAGUUGAAUUGACACGUCGUUGUAGGCAUGCUGCUGCUGCUGUUGGUGACUUGAUUUUUAUUUAUGGUGGUUUACGUGGUGGAGUCUUGCUGGAUGACUUACUUGUUGCUGAAGAUCUUGCGGCUGCUGAAACAACAAAUGCUGCUUCACAUGCUGCUGCUGCUGCAGCAGCAUCUAAUGUACAAGUGAUACGACUACCUGGACGAUAUGGGUUUGUUGAUGAUAGGAUAAGGCAAAACAUGCCUGAAGCAGCUGCUGAUGGUGCAGUUGUUUUGGGAAAUCCAGUUGCCCCCCCUAUGAAUGGUGACAUAUAUACUGAUAUCAGCACUGAAAAUGCUGUGCUUCAAGGGUCCAGGCGAACUAGCAAAGGAGUUGAGUAUCUAGUUGAAGCAUCUGCUGCAGAAGCUGAAGCUAUCAGUGCAACACUGGCUGCUGCCAAGGCACGACAAGUGAAUGGAGAAGUUGAAUUGCCUGACCGAGAUCGUGGGGCUGAGGCAACCCCUAGUGGGAAACAAAUAUCUUCCUUGAUUAAGCCAGAUUCUGUGGGGUCAAAUAGUAUUCCUCCUGGUGGAGUGAGGCUGCAUCACAGAGCUGUGGUUGUUGCUGCAGAGACUGGUGGGGCAUUAGGUGGCAUGGUUAGACAGCUUUCAAUUGACCAGUUUGAAAAUGAAGGCAGGCGGGUCAGUUAUGGGACUCCGGAAAGUGCAACAGCUGCUAGAAAAUUAUUAGAUCGGCAGAUGUCUAUCAAUAGUGUCCCAAAAAAGGUUAUAGCUCACCUCUUAAAGCCUCGUGGUUGGAAACCACCAGUGCGUCGACAGUUUUUCUUGGAGUGCAGUGAAAUAGCAGAUCUUUGUGAUAGUGCAGAGCGUAUAUUUUCAAGUGAACCAAGUGUAUUACAGCUCAAGGCACCAAUUAAAAUAUUUGGUGAUUUGCAUGGGCAGUUUGGGGAUCUCAUGCGCCUCUUUGAUGAGUAUGGUGCACCAUCAACUGCUGGUGACAUAGCAUACAUCGAUUAUCUAUUCCUAGGAGAUUAUGUUGAUAGGGGCCAACACAGCCUGGAAACUAUAAGCCUUCUGCUUGCUCUUAAGGUUGAGUAUCCAAACAAUGUACAUUUAAUACGUGGAAACCAUGAAGCUGCAGAUAUUAAUGCCCUUUUUGGCUUCCGAAUCGAGUGCAUCGAGCGGAUGGGUGAACGAGAUGGAAUUUGGGCAUGGCACCGGAUAAAUCGCCUGUUUAAUUGGCUUCCUCUAGCUGCACUAAUUGAGAAAAAAAUCAUUUGCAUGCAUGGGGGUAUUGGUCGUUCAAUAAAUCAUGUGGAACAAAUUGAGAAUAUUCAGCGUCCAAUUACAAUGGAAGCAGGAUCAAUUGUGCUUAUGGAUCUAUUGUGGUCUGAUCCUACAGAGAACGAUAGUGUAGAAGGGCUGCGGCCAAAUGCCAGGGGUCCAGGAUUAGUUACUUUUGGGCCUGAUCGUGUCAUGGAAUUUUGCAACAACAAUGAUCUUCAGCUGAUUGUUCGUGCACAUGAAUGUGUGAUGGAUGGCUUUGAGCGUUUUGCACAGGGACAUUUGAUCACACUUUUCUCUGCUACAAAUUACUGUGGUACUGCAAAUAAUGCCGGGGCGAUAUUAGUUUUGGGUAGAGAUCUUGUUGUGGUUCCUAAACUGAUUCAUCCGUUGCCGCCUGCCAUUUCUUCACCAGAAACCUCUCCGGAACGUCAUAUUGAGGAUACAUGGAUGCAGGAGUUAAAUGCUAACAGACCACCAACACCAACUAGAGGCCGUCCUCAAGUAGCAAAUGACCGAGGUUCGCUUGCUUGGAUAUAGUGGUCAUUAAGAAUGCCCCUAUUUGUUUAUGCCUUAACGGCUUGUGCUAUCGCUGAAUAUACGGUGUCUCGUAUAUAACAUGCCAUUUAUUGGGUAUUCGAGCUUGUGAUUUAAAUACCCGAAGAAAGCUUGAAGGCUCAAGCUUUUCUUACUAUGGUUCUCACCACUCAAUCAGCUGGCCUGUGGAAGAUGCAAGGUCGGUAGCCACUGCUAGGUUCACUUUGACGAAGGUAGAAGUUGCAGUCUGGGUUCCACCCACCCGUUGUAAAUUGAGCCGUAGGUACAAAAUCAAGGUCGCGGAUGUCUGUGUCAUGGAUUGUCACUGCUGUCUAUUUUUCUCAUUAUUUUUACAUAUUUUUUACUCAUCGUCCCUAGGUUAUUGUUUUUUUUUUUUUUCAAUUUUUAUUUUAAAUCAAGAGGACAAGGAGGGUUUUGCUUUUUUUUUUUUUUUUUUCAUGUGAUGGUGAGAUAUAUAAAUCAGAAAUCUUUCCUGGGGUUCCAUGUAUCAUAGGUGUUGUUUUGCGUAAUUCCCAUCCAUGCUCUGUACAACUAAUUUUGUGUGAAUCAACAUAUUCUGACAGAAAUGUGAAUUUUGAGAAUAGAAUUUUAUAUAUUGCCUUGUGCAUCACAUAACUUGGACCUUUCCAUCCAGUGUAUGGCACUUGCGGGCUAAUGUUUGUUUGGACGAGACAGAGAAAGAUAACGACACUUUUUAUUUGACUGGAGAAAUUGAUUUUUUUUUUAAAUCUAUAAUUCAAAAUCUUCUCUAUAUUUUCUUUUCGUUGAACCAAACGUAGGAUUAGUGUGAUUUCAGACCACAAAUACCAAUUCAUGCAUAGGUUGAGUGAAUUUGAUUUCUUUUACCUUUUUGAAAGAUAAAAUAUAAAUGUAAGUGCUAACUUAAAUUACGGUUAAAAUCUUAUUGACUUCAUAAUGUUAGUUAUCUGUGCAUUUACAUUUUAUCAUAAUAUUAGUUACUUUUAAUUAACAAUCAUAAAUAUAUCUUAUUCUCUAAAAUACAUUUCAUUUUAGAAUAACAAAUUCCGUUUGAGUUGCCGCACAUAAUAGUUGAAGUGAAGCAAAAAAAAUCACUUUUCUUGAAACCAUGAUAAAUUAUCCCUUGGUCAAGUUAAGCACAUGAAAUUCAGCUGAAAGUUAAAGUUUUAUUUAAAAAUAUGAAAUUUUGACUAGUUUAUAACUUGAUUAUUAUUUUUUAUUAAAUUUCUUAAAAUAUGUAUAUUUUAUUGUAUUAAAUAAAUGUUUUUAUGCUAGAAAAUGAAGCGAGGAGAGUAAAAGUAAAAGAAGAUCUUACAUAAUAAUUACAAUAUAUUAUUGAAGUUUCUUUUAAUCUAAAGUUAACAUUUUUUUUGUUAUAAUAUUAUAUAAACACAAGUUGUUUAGUAAAAAUAAAUAAACCUACACUGUCUGCUGAUGAAGGGCAAACCAGGACGGUUGCAAAUAUGAGGGGCCAAUUAAAGUGUUCGAUGAUGAUGUGGCCACCACCAUCGUCUCUGAAGUAGAGGAAUGAGAUUUAACUGGAUUAGAUCAAUAUUAUUAAAUAUAAGCAUAAUGGAAAUCCCCAAAAACCUACGUGUAACCUAACACGUCAUCUGUGGAUAUGUUUAUUAGAGCAGUAAAUACACCAUUUUUAUUUUUUAUUUUUUGGGUUGCUAAAAACAGUAGGUAAUGGUUCGACU